AUGUCAUCCCAGCCUGUAAGCCAGACGGCUUUAAAGCGCAACAACAGAGGAAGGCAAGCAGGCGAGUGGCAAAAGUACCAGACAGAAGAGGAGCGAAAGGAGGCUGCAGCAGCUAGAAAGCGAAAAAGCAGGGCGACUAAAGCACAAGAACAGGGCAAGGUAGCAAAAGCGCCACAAGACGCAGAAUCCACCGAUAAAGACGACGUGCUGCCAAGCAUUGAGGAGGACUACAAUACGUUGCCAGCGGUCGCUAACGAGGCAGCCAAUCUUAUUACGCCGUCGCGGGCAAGAGCUAUAUCCGUUAUAAGCCAACGCCUACAAGUACGCAUACCGUCCCGCUCUGCAAGCGUUGCCACCUCCAAGUCGCCAUCGCUACCGACAGUCAACGUAUCCAGCCCAAUCGUCGGCUUGCCCCCAGUACAAGAGAACGACGGGGAAGUCCUUCACCUAACGCGCAGCUUUCUCGAGCUACAUGUGAGAAGGGAGCAGUCAGCAACACCAGAGACAGCAACAAACGCAACAAAAAAGCAUACCGGACGCGGCGGAGCAAGGAAAGCGAGGACAAUAUACAAUACUAGCGAGGAGCGAAAAGCUGCAGGGCGGAAGAAUAGCCAGAGGUACUAUAUGCGAAAGAAAGACGCACAGGCCACGCAUGCCGCAAGCCAACAGCCGGCAACUCUACACCAGACACCCGCCUCUGCCAUAACUAACACGGCAGAGGCUCUGCCUAGCGGCUUACACACAAACAGUAAAGAUGCAUGGGAAGACGAUACCGGCGCAGAGCAGGGCGUAUGGGAAGACGACACCGGCGCAGAGCAGGGCGUAUGGGAAGACGACGCCAUUGACGAUAUAGCAGGGACUUUGCCUGGCACAGCGGGUACAGAUGGAGGGACCGCAUGGGAAGACGGGCUAGCCAACAUAAGCCUGGCAGAGGACUCUGCGACCGAGGACGUGCCUGGCAGCGCAGACGCAGAGACUACCACAGAAGACGAGGAGAGGACACCACAACAGAUUGUCGCGGACGCGAUUAUCUCCUGGUUCCGCGGCACGCUUGCAUGCCCACAAACCGAUCACGAUGCAGCAGACAAAGAGCAUACAGAAGGGCAUAAAGGCAACGCAGCAGACAGUAGAUGUUACAGCCUUGCCGACAUUGCCAACGUGCUUAGCGGCGGCGUUGGUAGAUCUAACCAUGCGCCAGACGUGCUGUCAUGCACGCAACCGCCAUUCAGCCUAUGCGAGGAAGACCUAGAGGGCAGCAUGCAGCGUAUGUUUAAGGGCAAGAGCAGCCAUAGGUCAAAACCACCACCAUCCUUGUGCAUGGCAGCGCACUACAGCGGCCGCGACGACUGUAUGGAAGGCGAGACGACAAGAACAUCGUUUGACAUUGAUAGUAUCACUGGCUUCGCAGACGACCUGUCGUUCUGCCGAGUUAGCCUUAAGGCCUUUGUUAUAGGGUACCCCGACUUCAACAUAACAAAAAAUGUGCACCUUACAGUCUCUGUGCCAAGCCGCGGUAACGGGGCAACGGCCCCGCUAUCAAGGCAGGCGCCGCUCUACCACGUGCCGCAUAUGGCGUUUGCGGACCUGGAAGGCUGGGAUAACAUGCGGGUAUACGUAUACUUCCCACGGCUAUAUAAGAAGGGCACACAGGCAGGAAGGCGCCCGCUAGCCAGGACGAUGCUAAGCCGUGAACAGCUAGAGCAGUGGUUUAACCAGGUGUUCUUUCCAUCGGUCCAAGCAGCGUACAAGUACGACGCCAACAUGCUAGAACACUGGCCGUUAUCCUACAAGCUGGCGCGGAUGGCCGCGUACGCUAAGGUAGAGGAGCGGAAGAUACCAAGUGUUUUGCAUGGUUGCAAGGACACAGAGGAGAACGACUACACACCGCGGCAGAUAAUAACAAGGUUCUUGCAGUCUUGGAUGCUACCGGCGCUUGCAAGGGAGCUCCGACGUCGUGUAGCCUGCAACGCGGCGCUUGACGGCUUUGCCGACUUUGGUUUUUACUUUGCUGCAAAGAAUAUUAAGUGCAUGUUUAUGCGAUCGACCGCUGCUGCCAGUGGUGUCCAAGACCUGUCGGCUAAGCGAGACACUACGUUUAGCAAGGUAGCAGACACAUUCAAGCGGUACAACGUGCUCCUUAAGUCGCUCUCGCCGUCGGGUAAAAGCGUCCGGCAGAAUAGAGCGAGGCAGAAGAUGGACGCCGCAGAGCGACAGCGCCUAGUAGAGAGGGGCCGCACAGCGGGUGAUUAUGCAGCAGGGGCGGCACCUUCGCGCCCUCCGACAACGUGUACCUACCUGUGGGCCGGCACGAGAGACGCCGGGGCAUUGACUUUGGAGGCUGCGCCGAACGGCGCCGACAGGCGUCUUGGGCUUGUGUAUACACAGUGCUACAACGCCUCUAAAGCACCGUUUGACGCACAAAAGAUCUACGCACUACAGGGCGAGAACAUAGAGACGCUGGCAUUCGAUAGCUUGUACCUCACGGGCAUGGGAGCGCUUAGCGGCGCUAGCAGGGUCUUAAACAAGCAAUCGGCUAAGACGGCCACCACCGCGUACGAGCGGGGCAAGAAGAGGGCAUGCGAGGCGGUAGAGAAUCUGCGAACACGCUCCUACGGCGUGCGGCAAGAGCACCGUAUAAGUCUCUCGCUAUUCCGAACAAUGCGCCAGCGGGUAGUGCUAGCGCCACCAACAGAAGAGGGCGGCAAGGUUGCGUACUCGUGGCUGGUGGUGCCUGGGCAUGACAUCUAUGCCUUCUUGCACAAGCAGAUUAACCGACACUGCCUAGCCUUUAAGCGAGUGCGACAGCGUGCCGGAGAAACGUACAGCUUUGACGAGACGGCUGUAAUGCUUAUUAUGCUUCGCCUGCUACGAUACAGCUAUAGCACGAACGCCGUCUUUGGCGCGCAGCUGCUGUUCGGCAACGUGUGGGUGCGGGCAGCCAAGAAGAAGAGCCGGGCGAUUGCGGUGGACGAGGCCUUGUUAGACGACAGCGAAGCAGAGCCGCUAAAGGACUAUGCGCAGAACAGCAAGGACGACAGCAACUUCAACCCUAGCGAGACAUCGGCAGUUAUGCAUUCCCGUCUCGACGCGCUGCCAGCAGAGGACGCAAACAGCGACAGCAACACAGACAGCAUAGGGCACGAUGGUUUAGACGUGGAAGAAGAGGUAGACGAGGAGAUUAAGCAAUCGGCCAGGCUAGGGCUAAUGGUGUCUAUUAAGCGCUAUGGCUUUGCGUGGUGGCAACCAGGGAAGCUAGACUAG